CACACACAACAGUCAGUACGCUUGCGAACGCGGUCGAUUCUAGUCGAAGCGAACCGCCGGUAAACGCGUUGCGGCGAUUACAAUAUUUUUUUUUUUUUGUUGUUGUCGUUGUUGAACAUUGCGUUUGUUUAAUAAAAAAAAUCACUAGCGCACGCGAUAUCCGUCCGCCGGAGUUGACACUACAUUCGAAUCGUCCGAAAUUUGAAUUCAGAGCCGUGUUUUAGCCGGGAAACGGUGUCCGAUUAUUUUUUAUUAAAAAGUUAAAAAAAUUAAUUUGUUUGGCGUUGUCUAAGAGACACCUUCGAGCGCGGGUUGUUGAUAAAAACAAAAAACACCGACCGAAAAUAAUAUAUAUAUAGUUUUUUACUCGGCGUGUUACGGAUUUCGUGGUCCGCAAACGGUUUCGGUCACAGCCAAGUGCUGGUGUGCAACUAUGUUGAUAUACCCGACGGCGGGCAGCGGGGCGAUCAGUAGCCGUAUGAGCGCGUCGGGUCAGAAAGGCGGCCGGGCCGCGGCCAAAGGCGCGGUGCAGCGCAAGUUGGAAGCCAACAAGACAAAGGCCAGACAGACGGUGCUGUGGAAACCGUCGGACGUGGAACAAGGGGUGGUCGUGGUCGACGAGAAACAACUCAUGCGGUUGGUCAAAACCGAACCCAUCGAAAACUAUUAUCGGCUAGACAGCGAACCGUUUGCCAAAGGUCAGUUCGCUUCGGUUCGACGGUGCACGUCGUUGGCGACGGGAGAAGUUUUUGCCGCCAAGUUUUCGAACCGCACCAGGUUCGGCGAGGACUGCAGUCCAGACAUACACCACGAAAUAGCCCUGUUGUCCCUGUGUUCGCCUUCGCCACGGAUAACCAAGCUGCACGAUGUGUUUCAAACGCCCAAACAGUUGAUCAUCGUUAUGGAAUAUGCCCCGGGCGGCGACUUACAGAAAGUCAUCGACGACGACAACGUGCCGUUCGAAGGCGAUGUGGUCAAGUUCGUCCAUCACGUGGUCGAGGGCUUGGCGUAUUUGCACCAAAGGAAAAUCGCUCAUUUAGACAUUAAACCCCAAAACUUGGUGCUGAUGGGCGCGUUUCCCACGUGCGACGUCAAGUUGUGCGACUUUGAGAUAUCCAGAGUCAUCCUGGAAGGAGCCGAAAUCCGAGAGAUCCUGGGGACGCCCGAUUACGUCGCCCCGGAGAUUCUGCACUACGAGCCCAUCACGCUAGCCGCAGACAUGUGGUCGUUGGGAGUGACGACGUACGCUCUGCUGACCGGAUUCAGCCCGUUUGGCGGCGAGACGGACCAGGAGACGUUUUGCAACAUAUCCAACGCCGACAUCGACUUCCCGGACGAGCUGUUCGAAGACGUAUCGGCCGAGGCGGUAGACUUUAUCCGGAAACUGCUGGUCAGGGACCCCAGGGAGAGGCUGACGGCCAAAGAGUGUCUGAAACACCCGUGGCUGGCCAACCUGAGGAAGUCGUCGUCGGCGAGCAGCGCCGCAUCGGCGCCAACCGGCGGCAGACGGUCGGGCUGUAACGCGUGCGCCAACCCGGUGUCGGCGACCAGGCGCACGGGACUGCAACAGUCGUACUUGUCCAAGUCUCGCGAGGCGCUUUUCGAGAAGAUCGUGUCCAAGCACAUGCGGCAAAACGAUCUCAAGAGGUCGGCGCUGCUCAGCGAGUCGCAGCACGCGUCCAGCCACACCUCGUUGGUUUCCCGGUCCAGGGACCGGCACGGCGCGCCCCGGACGUUCAGCAAGUCCAAGGAGAAGCUGUACGGGCUCAAAAGCCUGUCGCGGUCCCAAGACGUGCUGGACGUGUGCAAGAGCAUCAAAGACCUGAGCGAAGUAGACAAAAUCGCCACCGUCGGCAGCCUUCUGAUGAGCCUGACCGGGGUGUCGACGCUGCCGAACUCGCUGUGUUCGUCCACCGCCAACAUAUCGGUUUCGCAGAGCCACAUACCCGAAGACCCUACCGACGACCCCGUAGUCGGCACCGAAGAAGACGACAAAGAAAACGUGGCUAGAAACGGCGAAGUUCCCAGACCGGAUUCGCCGGCCGAGAGCAAUAGCAGCGGAUCGAGUAGCGUCGAACAUUUUUACCAUUCGGACGAAGAACCUAGGUUUACAGUGGCGCAACUCGUCAAGGCGUUCGACAUGCACCAAGAGGUGGUCACCCAGCGGUCUCUGGAAGUGACCAUGAACGCCACAGACCUGGUCACCAAAUUACCUCCAUCGGCGGAAACGGCGGCCGGCGCGGAAGACCCCAAGACGUUGGCGGCGGCGGCGGUCAAGUUUCCCACGGGACCAAACGCCCUUAGGCUUUUCAUACCGAACAUCGACAUCGGUGGCAACUCCUCGACGGCCAAGAGAACCCGUGGAGCCCGGGAAUGCGGUAGCAGGGACGACGAGAGUGCCCCGAGUCCAAAUUCAGACGACUGCCGCAAGAGAUCAAACAUGAAUGAUCAACGAUGACCGCCGGGCCGCUAUGUUUGUAAAGUUAUGUAAUUUAUUAAAUGUAUAUAUAUAUACAUAUAUAUUAUAUAGUUAAUAAUCAAUUAUGUGCCAGUGAUACGUAGGUAGGUACCUACCAAAGUCAUAAAAAUUUACACUAUAUGUAUGUAUCAAUAGCUAAUGAUAACAUAAAAAAAAUACGUGUACAUUCGAUUAUUUAUUUAUUGUACUCAAUAAACAAACAUGUUUUGUGUGGUUUAAAUCUUAUAAAAAUAGAUAACGCUGUACAAUACAAAUUGACACUCUUUUGGAACAAGAACCAUAAAUAAUAUAUAGGUACAUUAUUUAGGUUUUUCUUUCGCUGAAUCCUACCCUAGUCUCCGAAUUCGUCACAGCUCGUCAAUUUUAAAUCGCCUCCAAAAUUGUACACAACGUAAAACAAAAAUCAGAAUUUUCUUUAUGUAUAAAAAAAUUAUAAAUUCUACAUUAAUUCUGAGUUCCAAACAAAGGUUAAUAAAACUGUUCGAAAUAAAUGUUAGAAAUUAUUGUAACGUACAAAACACACUGAAAAUGCCACUGAAGAGAGUUUUUUUCAAUUUUGUAGGUGAUUUAAAAUAUAAUUACAAAAUCUCAGGUAGGUAUCUAAUAUAUCCAACAAAAUAUAAAUAUAUUUUGGUUAGUUCUUGUUCCAAAAAUGAGUUGUUCAGU